UGCGGGGCGCGCAGGUGGGCCGGCGGCCGCGGGGAGAUAGGCCCCCGGGGGGCAGCGGCGGACCAUGGCGCGCAGACCCGGGGCGCCCGGCGCCUACGGGGAGGAGUUCUCCUUCGUCAGCCCGCUGGUGAAAUACCUGCUCUUCUUCUUCAACAUGCUCUUCUGGCCUACUGUUACUCCUGCAGCGAGGAAUGGAUCCUGUAUCCUAAUUCCCUGUCCAUGUCUCUGUCAGGCUCGGGGGAAAGUGAGUGAGAUCAUCAACAAUGCCAUUGUGCACUACCGAGAUGACCUAGACUUGCAGAACCUCAUUGAUUUUGGGCAGAAGAAGUUCAGCUGCUGUGGGGGAAUUUCCUACAAGGACUGGUCCCAGAACAUGUAUUUCAACUGCUCAGAGGACAACCCCAGCCGGGAGAGAUGUUCUGUGCCUUACUCCUGUUGCUUGCCUACCCCUAACCAGGCAGUGAUUAAUACUAUGUGUGGCCAAGGUAUGCAGGCCCUUGAUUACUUGGAAGCGAGUAAAGUCAUCUAUACCAACGGCUGUAUUGACAAGUUGGUCAACUGGAUACACAGCAACCUAUUCUUACUUGGUGGUGUUGCACUGGGCCUGGCCAUCCCCCAGCUGGUUGGAAUCCUGCUGUCCCAGAUUCUUGUGAAUCAAAUCAAAGAUCAGAUCAAGCUACAGCUCUACAACCAGCAGCAUCGGGCUGACCCGUGGUAUUAAGAAUCCAUCUAUAUCUCCUCACUAUGGCCACAGGCAAGCCUCAUCGAUCAACAGCACUGGGUGCUGAGAACGGCACCUAAUGGUGAUUUGCAUUCCAGCCUCCCGGCAAUGAUGACCCAGUGGGAAGAAGCAAACUCGAGAUGGACAAAUGGCAGGGUGCACAGGUGGCUUGAAUCUCAGAGGAUGUACUUCCUCUCCCCCAUCCUAGCCCUGAGCAUCAUCAAAGAGUUAUUUUCUAUCCUUUCUAACCUUAAGCAUCUGGAUUUAUGCUUUUAAGAUUUGUUGGGGCAGAGAUGUUUUGGAAACGGCAAUUGCAUGGAGUGUUGAGGGGGUACUAGCUGCUGCUUUUCCUUUUCCACAGAGGCACUAUAGCUGACAGGUCUAUUAGAGCUUGGUGGACAUACUUAGAUCCUGCUGCCAGAGAGACCUGGCUGUGGAGAGCAGACACCAGCAGCCAUGGCUGGAGUCUAGUUGGCAGGAUUCCAGCUCCAGAAGUGAAGGGAGUAGACCAGGCCGAGGGGAGUAAGCCUCUGAUGGGGGUCGGCUGGGGACAGAUCUGUGUGUUGGGUAGGAAUAGAAGAUGGUAUGUUUACCAAAUGCCUGCCCUACCAUCCUCCCAGGUAGUCAGAAUGAGCUACAUCCUGCCCCUCCCUCGUUUCCAUGGCUACAUGGCAGCAAGAGCAAGGGGGUACAACAGCGGCCAAAUUCAUUCCUACUCCCUUCGAAAAAAAGUUUUAAACCAUAGCCCCUAUAUUCUGCAGUCAGCAAGUGGGACUGAGCCCUUGAAUUCCUCUCUGUCUGGCCCUCCCUCCAGGAGAGCAGGGUUUUCUUUAACUUGGCUGUAUACAGAGGAAUGGUCACACCCCUCACCUCCAUUCCCCUGCACCGGACUGAACUCAGUGUUUCUCCAGUGUAGAAGCAGGACUCUUGCUGGGGCUGGGGGAGCCAGAAGUGGCAAUAAAAGUUUGUUGACCUGGGC